AUGAGUUGGAUGGAUAGUUGGAGUCGCCCCUCCAAAUCCCAAGCAACCCCAGCACCUUUCUACCUAUUGCCUGGAGGAGAAGCAACACCUUACUGUCAUUCAUGCGGAAGAGUCAUCAGCACACGAAAGACUACAGCGUCGGCAAAGACCAACACGCCAGUCAAGUACUGCUCCAGCCGAUGCCGGACCCAGAAGCCCGGCAAGCUAGACCGGGAGCUUGAAAAGGCCUUUUUAAAAUUGUUGACCGCUGAAGAGCAUGCUGUUACAGAGAAGAAAUCGGCCAAGGGAACGUCUGGCAAGCACAAGAAAGGAAAGAAUAGCAAGGGCGACAAUCGGAUCCUUGUAUCGUGCAGUGCAGCGGAGGAGAUCGUCUUUGGACCAAACCGAACAUCGACAGAGGAAGGACACGAGGAAACUCACAGUGAGGACGAAACACCCCAAACAUCUGAGCCUACACACGCGAUGUCUGAGCCAAGGACAUCUGAAGAAGACCUGGAUCUCGCGGAUAUUCUGAAAGACCAAAAUGACGUUGAUGGCGAUGUGCUCGCCCGUAUGUCUGUCCGUAGUGGCACGCGCAUCCGACCAGCGCAAUCGGUUUCCCAAGUGAACGGCAGCGUGGGCGGCGAGAAGGGACGCGCAGAGAGGAUUCACGAGACGGACGAAAUGUUGGAGAAGCGCAGACAGGGACAGAGACGAGCCAAAGAGCGUGAGAUGACCAAGUGCGCAGCGCGAAGAGGUGUCGUGUUUGGAUUCUCUGUGAAUGAGGAUGGCGAGAAGCGCCUUUGUGAGGCUGUCAUGUCAGGGAAGGUCGUGGAGCCAAGUUUUGCCAAGGGGGAUUGGGCGAUACGAUGGAGGGAGUCGUAG